AUGGAGGAGGUGGAUUUGGUGGAAGUGGUGGAUUUGGAGGUCACGGAGGUGCUUGUAUGUGUUCUGGUAUUAACUGGAGUAUGUUUCACUAAAGCUGGAUUCAUACACGGAGGAGGUGGCGGCGGUGGUGGUCUCGGAGGACAUGGAGGAGGUGGCGGCGGAGGCCUAGGUGGCCAUGGAGGUGGAGGAUACAUUGUCAUCGGAUCUCUUGGAGGAGGCCACGGAGGUGGUGGUGGCGGAAUCGGUGGUGGCCACGGAGGUGGUGGCAUUUCCAUUGGAGGUGGUCACGGCGGCGGUGGACUUGGCGGACAUGGAGGCGGUGGAAUUGUUAUUGGGGGAGGUCAUGGUUUUGGAGGACUUGGGGGAGGCCACGGCGGUGGUGGAUUUGGAGGACAUGGAGGAAGUAGCAUUUCCAUUGGAGGUGGUCACGGCAGCAGUGGACUUGGAGGACAUGGAGGAAGUAGCAUUUCCAUUGGAGGUGGUCACGGCGGCGGCGGGCUUGGAGGACAUGGAGGCGGUGGAAUUAUAAUUGGAGGAAGUCACGGUUUUGGAGGAGGUCAUGGUGGAAGCGGACUCGGUGGACAUGGAGGCGGCGGUGGUGGAGGAGGAGGAGGAGGAGGAUAUAAAAUUGUGAAAAUACUUGUACCUAUUGGCGGAGGUGGUGGCGGAAUUGGAGGUCAUGGAGGCGGUGGCGGAGGUGGAUUCGGUGGAGGCCAUGGAGGUGGCGGUGGCGGAAAAUGGUAA